CAGUAUCUUCCCAACAAUAAAACUCCGCUGUGCAGUUUUCCAAGUGCGCUAAGUUUAGAUGUAAAAUUCCAUUGACCACAGAUAUAUAUUUAAUUCAUUACACGAGAUGUCUGAUAUUUGUGAUGCAUUCAUAUCCUUUUAUAGAAGUUUGCCCAUUGUGAAGGGAACUUGCAGAAUAUUUGAAAGAAAUGAUACUUAUUCAUUUUAUGAAGAUGAUGCUAAAUUGGUGAACAAAGAGGUUUUGAAAGCUUCCAAGCUAAAAAAAAUGGGGACAGGAGCUGAAUCUUUAAGUUACGUAAAUAUAUCCAAAUCAAAUCUGAUCCAGGCUCUGAAGUAUUUGGUUUUUGUGCAACAGUACAAGAUCGAAAUUUUAAAAAAUAAUGGCACUGCUAAAUCACCUCAGUGGGUUGUAAAUUGUAAGGCAUCACCAGGUAAUCUGACUACUAUUGAAGACCUGCUUUUUGGAGAUUGUGAAACAUAUGUACAUGAAUCAAGAGGAUUAAUGGCCAUAAAAAUGAUUUUAGAGGGACCUGAAGUGAUUCUUGGAAUAGCUCAUUGUGACACAGUACUCCGUGAAAUUCAGAUUUGCCGAGUUGUUGACAAAUUAGAUUUAACCAAUUUUCAGUCAGUUUUAGUGCAGUUAAGUCCGCAAGAAUGUCUUCUGCCUGUGGUUGCUUCAAAUAUGAAGACUGAAAAUUCUGCAAGACUUACUCUUGAAAAAAUUUUGAAAGCACAUAAUAUUGCCAUCACAGAAAUUAAACCUGGUGAUUUCUUGUUUGGUGAUUUGACGCAGGACUUAAAACGCUUGCUUCAGGACACUGAUUUUAACUACUUAAUUUUAGAUGAGCCAGAAAAGAGAGUGGCUUUGCAUUCUGUUGCAGCAGUUAUAAAAUAUUUGCAGCUUUUAUCUGAUGAGCACAAUUUUGAUCAGUUCACUUUAUCAGUUUUCAAAUCAGAACUUUAUGCAAAAUUAGAUGCACAAGCCAUCAGUGGUCUUGCAUUAUUUCCUCAAAAUACAAAAGAUUUUCAGGAAAAAGAUUUCCUUUUUGGCUAUCUGAAUUCUUGUUUCACUGGACCUGGAAAACGGCUUCUGGUGCAGUGGAUUAAGCAGCCACUAAUGGAUAAGCGAAAAUUAGAGGAAAGGUUAGAUAUUGUCGAAACUUUUGUUAAUGACUUUUCAUUGAGAAAUGAAACAUCGAGGUAUAUUUCCAAGUUUCCAGAUCUUGAAACAUUGUCACGGAAAAUUCAGAGACAUAAAGCUAAUUUACAGGAUUUGUACAGAAUUUAUUUGAUGAUACUCCAGUUACCAAAUCUGACUAGUACACUUUCUAAAUAUGAUGGACUACAUGCUGAUGCUUUGAAAGCAAAUUUUAUUGAGGACUUGCAGGAAAGGAUUUCAGAUUUUGAAAAUUUUAAAAGUAUGAUAGAGUCUGUUUUGGAUUUUGAAGCUUUGAAAAAUAAAGAAUUUGUCGUGAAAGCUGAAUAUGAUGAUAAACUCUUAGAACUGAGAGAUCAGAUUUCUGCUUUACAAGAUUCCAUAAAUGAAACUCACGAUGAUGUGAAACAAGACUUAGAUCUCCAAUCUGUGAAGUUAGAAUAUGCCAAAAAUAUUGGCUACAUUUUCAGAGUGACAAGAAAGGAAGAAAAGAAUCUGAGAAAUAAAAAAGGGUACACUGUUAUUGAUACAAAAACGUCUGGUGUUCGUUUCCAGAGUGCUUCUCUAAGCAAUUUAAAUUCAAAGUACUUGUCUUUAAAAACAUCAUAUGAGAAUCUACAAAAGAGCUUGGUGGAUCAAAUCAUUGAUGUAGCAGUGUCAUAUACCCAUGUCAUGAAGCUUUUGAGUCAUACCAUUGCAUGGCUAGAUGUAGCACUUGCAUUUGCUCGAGUUUCUGUCGAUGGAGCGAAACCUUACGUACGGCCCAAACUUAAAGAAAAAGGAGAAUGUCAAAUUAUUCUGCAACAAGCUCGUCAUCCUAUUCUAGAAUCAAAAUUAGGAAAUUUCAUUCCUAAUGAUGUUGAAAUAUCUAAAGAAAAGCAUAUAUUUUAUUUUGUUACUGGUCCUAAUAUGGGAGGGAAGUCAACUUAUAUCAAAUCUGUUGCGCUGAAUGUUCUUCUGGCUCAAAUAGGAUGUUUUGUGCCUUGUGAUGAAGCAACUAUCUCCCUCACAGAUGCCUUUUUGACUAGGAUUGGUGCUUGCGAUAAAUCUUCAAAAGGAAUCUCAACCUUUAUGUAUGAAAUGCUUGAAAUUCAAAUGAUAAUUAGGUCAGCUACAUCUUCUUCAUUACUCAUAAUAGAUGAAAUGGGGCGUGGGACAUCUACUUACGAUGGGUUUGGCCUCUCUUGGGCAAUAUCAAGGCAUAUUGCAGAAGUUAUAAAAUCUCCAUGUUUGUUUGCAACUCAUUAUCAUGAAUUAACUGAAUUGAGCAAAACUGUUCCCAUCAUAGGCAAUCUUCAUGUUGAAGCUCUUUCUAUGGAAGGAGAUAUUAUUUUUCUGUAUCGUGUGAAACCCGGAUGCUCUGAUGAAAGUUUUGGUAUUCAUGUCGCAAGGCUAGCAAAAUUUCCUGAAACAGUUAUUAAGAAAGCAGAGCAAACAUUGAAGGAGUUGGAUGAAACUCAUAUUUCUCUUGAAGAAAUUGCAAGCAAAUUUUCAUCUGUUCCUGAAGGAGAAGUAAUAAUUAGUUUCAAUUUUUAUAGAAUCAAAUAAAUUGUGAUAAUGAAGUA